AUGCUGGAUACAAAGACGGAGCAAGUUAACGAUACCGAGCCUAGGUUGGAAACCGUCACAAAAGGUUCAAAUGUCAGUGGAAGAGCAUGGAAGGUCGAGAAGGGAGCCUUCCGCGUCGCCAGCAGAACUAUCAAGAAUAAGAAACUAACUUCUUGGGAGCUGAAAGCGCGCAAAAGAGAGGAAGAUAAGCAAUUCAAACUGAAAUUAAAAGAAUUAAAGGCAGAGAAGGAUGAAGUGCGUCAGUCGAAGAUACAAGCCCUCAAGGAAAGGAGAGAGAAGAAGGAAGAAAAGGAAAGAUACGAAAGACUGGCGGCCAAGAUGCAUGCAAAGAAGGUGGAGCGUUUGAGAAGGAGAGAGAAGAGAAACAAAGCUUUGAAAGAACGCUAA